GCAAGGCAUUUUAUCCAUACGGCAUGGGAGCCUACCCGAGCCAGACGAAAAAAUAAUCAAAAAUGAAAAAUUUCGCGGCAGAAUAAUGAAAAAUUCCGCGGCAAAUUCUGCUCGUUGAUUUCCCCUCUCUCUCUCUCUCUCUCUCUCGCUCUCUCUCUCUCCCAGACAAGCACAUUCAGCCUCAUCCCGGUUUUUUUUUUUUUUGGUGCUAUUUUUGGGAAGCUGCUUCAUCCUCCAAAGGCUCCAAUCCUCCCCAUUUCCUCCUCUUCAUUCCGCUACAAUGGCGACUCUUCUCAGUUUCACCCUAUCUUUUAAUAUAUUCGUAUCUCCCAAACUCACCAACUCCACCCUUACCCUCCUACGAGCUGCCCUGAACCGUCGCUCUGGCGGUCCGGAUUGGGCGAUGCAAGAAUCAUUUGCUUCAGUAAAUUACAGCCGUUGUCAUCAAUUUCUGGAUGACGCCGCCAACAGCAGAGGGUCGAGUUCCUCUGAAACUCUUGAUGGCAACUCUGAGAACAUCUCAACUGUGAGUUCGCUAGGGCUAGACAACACGGCCUUUCCACUCUCGGUGGAGAAAUUGAACGGUAAAAAUUUCCUUGAAUGGGCUCAGUCCAUUAAACUAGUGAUUGAAGGAAAAUGGAGGUUAGGAUACCUUACUGGCGAACGGAAGAAGCCCGCCACAACCGACAUUGCAGCUCUGCAAAAAUUGAAAGCCGAGAAUUCCAUGGUGACGGCGUGGCUCAUAAAUUCGAUGAAGCCAUCAAUCGGCAAGAUAUACUUGUUCCUUCCAAUGGCGAAGGAUGUCUGGGACGCAGUUCGCGAGACAUACUCUGAUGCCGAAAGUUACUCCCAAAUCUUUGAGAUUAAGACUCGACUGUGGCAGCUGCGGCAAGGAGAAAGGAAGGUCACCAAGUACUUCAUGGAGAUGACAACCCUCUGGUAGGAGCGUGACCUUAGCGUCGAUGAAGAGUGGGAGUGCUCCAGCGACAGCAUACGGUACAAGCGACGCCUCGAGAAUGAGAGGGUGUUCGAGUUUUUGGCAGGUCUCAAUCGCAACCUGGAUGAUGUAUGAGUGAGGAUUCUUGGCCGACGUCCCCUACCUUUGACUCGGGAGGUCUUUGCAAAAGUGCAACGUGAGGAGAGUCGCCGCAAGGUGAUGUUGAAGACGCACAGCGCGCCUGAAAUUUCAACCCUAACCUAAAAAGACAUGCGGCUUGAAGUUUCGGCCUUAAUGUCAAAAUUGGUGUGAACAUUGUCGAAAGUCGGGACAUUCAAAAGAUACCUGCUGGGAGAUUCAUGGAAAACCUGCAGAUUGGAAGUUGAGACAAUAUCAAAAAAAUCGUGGGUAUCAGGCUAUUGCUGAUUGUUCAAUUGUAAAACCACAAGGUCAAAAAACCACUAAUAUUUCAAGCAGUGCGUUCAGCCCUGAACAGUUGGAUUAGCUAUAUAAAAUGAUUUCCUCAAUUCAAACAUCGCGUCAGUCUUCCACUAGUUCUCUGGCUCACCGAGGUAAUGACUUGUCAGCCUUAAAUACUAUAUCCUGUUACAAAUCACCAUGGAUAAUUGACUCAGGUGCAUUUAAUCAUAUGACUGGUUCUUAUCAAUUGUUUUCAUCCUAUUCACCAUAUGCUAGAAAUCUGAGAGUCAAAAUUGCAGAUGGUUCUCUCUCACCAAUCGCCGGUAAAGGAAGUAUUCGCAUAUCUGACUCUAUAACUUUAAAAUCUAUCCUCCAUGUUCCCAAGUUAUCUUGCAAUUUAUUAUCUAUCAGCCAGUUAACGAAAAACUCCAAUUGCUUUGCUAAAUUUGUUUCAUCUCAUUGUGUUUUUCAGGACCUAUCAUCGGAGAAGAUGAUUGGCACUGCUAAGGCGUAUGAAGGACUCAACUAUUUUGAGGAGGCAAGCUUGAGUAAACAAUAUAAUAUUGCAAUUUGUGAUUCUGUAUCUGUCUCUAGAGAGAAUAAACUUUUGUUAUGGCAUUCUAGGAUGGGUCACCCAAAUUUUCAAUAUUUAAAACAUUUGUUUCCAUCUAUAUGUUCAAAUAAAAAGUCUUCUGAGUUUCAAUGUGA